AGAGCAGGCGUGAGGAUGGACAGGAGAGCCAUGACUGCCUGCCUGGCAGAGUGCAGUGAAGAGGAUACAGAAUACUCCACAUGACCAAAAGGGGGUGCAACCGUUAUCCUUCGACGUCUAUCCUGCGUUUGGGUUGAGACAUCAGCAUAUUAAUACAUGUAGGUGAUCCAGUUUCAGUGUGGCUCCGCCUCCUCGACUGUCUCCGGCGCUGCGCUUUAAAUAGCAGCUGUUUAAAAGCCCCUCACCAGUCUCCUGUCUGCCGUGCAGCACCCACGACCUCCCAGCACUGCAGCCCACCUCUCAUCCACACAGACACACACUUCUCUGAAAUAAUAACCCCCCCCUGCAUCCCGCAAUGUCGGCCGCCAGCACCGAGACUAGUGCCCCUCUGCCCACCGCCGGCAGCCGCGUCUUCUUCCAAGCUGCGUCCGGGGUGGGCUGCGUGGGCUCCGGCCCCAUCACCGGGGACGACCCGGUGCAGAAGAAGCAGGGCAAAGUGACGGUGAAGUACGACAGGAAGGAGCUGCGGAAAAGACUCGUGCUGGAGGAGUGGAUCAUCGAGCAGCUCAGCGAGUUGUACGACUGUGAGGAGGAGGAGAUGCCUGAGGUGGAGAUAGAUAUAGACGACCUGUUGGAUGUCAACAGUGACGACGAGAGAACCAGCAAACUGCAGGAAUCAUUAAUAGACUGCUACAAACCAACAGAGGUUUUUGUCCGUGAGUUGCUGGGCAGGAUAAGGGGAAUGAGAAAACUCAGCGCUCCCACCAAGAAGGGCCUAUAAUGGCCGCCGUGUCGGCCAUCAAUCAGACGUCAUCUACAUCAUCUCAGCUCCACCUGCUUAACCACACUCCACAUGGACUGUCAUCACACGAAAAUAAGUUGUCAAAACAUUAGCCAAUGCAAUUAUGCACCAUAAAAUCCAUGCAUAUAGCACUACAAGUUUAUUAUAAUAUUUGACUGUUGAAAGGUACGUUAGCAAAACCGAGGCGACAUAGUGUAAUCGCAUACAUACAGCCGCAGGAAAAUGUAAAACCCUGCAACGUGCCAGAACUGCAACUGUGCUUUUCCAUGAAUACCACCUGAUAUUACAUGUCAGAGCCAUGUUAAAACCACUGCUGUGAUUCCAACAGCCAUACAGACUUAAAUCUCAAAAAGGGAGGUGGUCAAAAAAAAAAGAAGAAGUUUGUACUGACGUAGGUGUUAAAUUAGCUGUAGCACUAUGUAAACACAGUGCUUCAUGAUAUUGUCUUUUUUACUGAGGUGUUUUGCUGUUACUUCUUUUUAAGAAAAAGUACUGUAUGUUGUUCACAUGAUUCAAAUGUGGUCUUCAGUUUUUUUGUCCUUCUUUAAAGUCAACCUCUUUAUCCUUCCUCUGUCAGUUCUUGCAAAUUUUAGGGUUUUAGGGCUCUGCAGUUUUGUUUUAAGCACAAGGCGUGACAACAUCAAUUCUGUCAGUUUAUAUUCUGGAAAAGAGUGGCGACAUUUUAGCGGAGAGUUUUGCUUUCUACCCACUGUUACUCAUGCACUUUUCACCACAGCAAGGCAUGAUGGGUGUUGCAGUUCUCUCUACAACACCUAUAUGAUUGGCAGUCUUUCACUUAUCACGUUAAGCGGUGUUGCUCAUUGCCUGUCCCUCAUCAGAAUACAUAUCAGUUGAUUGUAUAGGUUUAAGCACAAAGCCCAAACACCAAUUGUUUCUCAUAGCCGGUUCCACUCAACUCUACGAACAAGCCUCUCUAAUAGUUGUCGAUGUUGCCUUUAAGGACAUUCAGGAUCAGUUCACCUUUUACUCAACACUGAACCUUAACUACUGACCACCUAAAAGUUAAACGUGGUGGAGUCAGAACCUGAAGACAACUUGAAACUUUUGACACUUAAAACUGUCGGGUCUUGCAAGGGAAGGUGUGCCAAACCUGGGGGUGUUACAUCCUAAUGGAGGCAUUAGUGUGACACAGCAUUUUCACAGAGACUGUUUGUCAAAUGUGUUUGGAUUUUUAAACACUUUUCCCCCAAGUUGCAGAAAAUAAGUUGCAAUCGCUUAAGUUUAAAAAUUACUCACUGUAUAUUUGUUACUGACUUUCUGUGCACCAACACACUUCUCAAAAAGCUGUAAGCUCUGGUACAAUCAUGACUCUGUUAUGGGGUUGGGCCCAGUUUCAUUUCCGGGCAGUCAAUCGUGAACCAACUGGAAUGGAGCAGAGCUAAA